UUUUUUUUUCUUCUUUUUCCUAUUUAUUAUAAAACACGCUGAAUAAUAUAACGCAUAUAUUUUCUCCCGAAAACAUGAAAAGAUUGAACCCGAACAAUUGCUCGGUUGUUAUUUUUCAUAAUCAAGGGGAGGAACUCCAAGAGACACUGGAAUUACUACACAAGGUGUUCUCAGAUGUGAUUGUGAAAAGUAGACAAGACGAAGUAUUGGCAGAGUUGGACGCACAGCAAGCAAAAGAUAAAAGGUCCACACUGUUAUUGAUAGACGCCGAAUCAUGCCGAAUGCCUUCACCGGACGAUUGUCCUGAUUUGCUCUUGACGGUUGUCCGUCUCUUGAUGCAGGAUGCGAUACGAAAUGUGGUGCCCAUUGUUUGCUCAAGUUUGGAUUCCCCUUCGUUUAUGAUCAAAUGCUUAGAACAAGGUGCCGCUGAUUUUGUAUUAAAACCUUUGUCACAAGAUGUGAUCAAAACGCUAUUCUUAAACGUUACUCGAUAUCAAGUUAAACGAAUAAAAGAGGAUUCAUCGGCAGUAGAGACGAACAAAGGUCAGAUUUGGUCGAAAUUUAAGGAUCGUCUCAAGGGUGUAUUUCUUAAAGAGGAUCGAUUAUCCAAGCUUGUGGCGGAUUUCUAUACCCCAAAGCCAAGCGUCAGGCGAUCAUCCAUGGCCUCCAUGCUGAGUGAUCGGAAAGAAUACCUGAAAUCACAAAUUUGUAGUUGGGAUUUCCUCCCUUUGGAAUUAGACGACAAGGAUCUAAUACAGGUAGUUUACAUGAUUCUCGAUCAAGUCUUGUGUACGUUUGAUCAAUUAGAUUCAUUGCGCGUACCCAGUGGCGAUUUGUACCACUUUAUCUUUGACAUUUGUAAUUCCUACCACAGCGCCAACCCUUACCACAAUUUUCGUCAUGCUGUGGAUGUCUUGCAGGCCAAUUAUUACUUUUUGUGUCAGAUAGGAGCCCUCGAGCCGAUGUGUCCCGAGAUGGGCGGAAAGAAGGAAAAAGUGGAACAUCCGUUGGUACAACUACUAGAGCCAUUGGAUAUAUUUGCCUUAUUGAUGGCCAGUAUUGGCCAUGAUGUUGGUCAUCCUGGCGUCAACAACAAUUUUAUGGUGAACACAUCUACUCCGUUAGCCAUUCUGUAUAAUGAUCGCUCUGUGCUAGAAAGUUUUCAUGCCAUGUCCUUUUUUCAUUUAUUACAGCAGCAUUGUUUCAGUAGCCUGACCGAUAUCCGUGCCAACCCCGAAUAUGCUAUAUUUCGUAAAAUUGUUGUCAAUAGUAUCCUAGCAACCGACAUGAGUAUGCAUGAUGAAUAUGUCCAAAAUAUCCAAGAACAAGCACAGCGAUUCAAGCGACAAGGGAUUGAUCUUUCAGACAAGGCGGCGUGUGAAAAGGAUAAGAUCCUGCUCUGUGGAGCCUUGAUUAAAUGCGCCGACAUUAGUAACUGUGCAAGGCCGUUUCCAUUGGCCAAGGCAUGGGCAAAGAUUCUGGCAGAGGAAUUUUUUGAGCAAGGUGAUCUUGAAAAGGAAUUAGGAAUGACCGUCUUACCUAUUCAUCAACGAGGAAAGAUUUGUCUAGAAGAUUUUCAAAUUACCUUUAAAAAAUUUGUUGCCUUGAAACUGUUUGAAGCCGUGAGUCAGGUUACUUCACAAAUGCAAUUCACAGUGGAUGCCAUUUAUGAUAAUAUUAAUCGAUGGGAAAUCAUGAAGACAGAACGGUCAUCUCCACUUAACCAUAUACAACCAGCUCCCGAUGGCACUCCUGCACGGCCAAGGCCUGGAAUAUAACUUAUAGAAAAAAAAAAACAAAAAAAAAACUCAUUAAUUGACUGUACAGAAAGAAACCCCUUUUUUAAUUAUUUUUCGCAAACCACACACUU